AUGGUUCAAUACAAGACCUAUCCACCCCCACACACCGUCUGGUACAACAGAUACAAUACGCAUAAGUUGACUCCAUUCGAAAGCAGUCACGAGGGACGAGUCUUCAACUCGACGARGUACUGGCAAUUGGUGGAUAGGAGCUCCUCCUCCAAGCAAGAUCUCCAAGCAGAGCUGCUCAAUCGAGGUAUUUCUACAGACAACCUGCGGGCCGCCUCCCGAAGCAAUGAUCGGCUUGUGCAGCUGGUUUCUCGUGCUGAGCGUGGCCUACUGACGUAUACUGGGACCCCGCCGGUGGAGCUACGCCGCUAUAUCGUCGAUCGCAAGAUCGCCUUAGGUCGUGAUGUCAGUCGCUGGGGCAGGUUGAAGAUGAUUGCGCUUCUUGAGAAAGCCGAUGAAGAUCCUUCUUUCCCACGAUUCGAGGAACUGCCUCCAGAGCUUCGGUCGAUGAUCUACUCAUUCCACCUACAGGAGCUCGAAACUCACAGCGCAGAACUUCCAGUCACUCCUCCCGUGACCCGAGUGUCUCGAUUGCUCCGCAAGGAAAGCCUACCCCUGUUCUACAACAUCUGCAACAUUUCGCUUCAGAAGAGCAUGUUUUUCGGAUCAAUCAAACCCUUUACUCCUUCCGCCCAGCGACACCUGGCACGGUUCAGGAACUUUAAGGCCUGUUUCUACACCGCCUGUAACAACGGAGACAACGAUCCUGAGACAUCUUUCACCACAUUCCUAGAGCUCAGUAUAUCACGCGGCAUCAUCAAGUGCAGGAUAGCUUGCUACGAUCCUCUCCUUUUUGAUAUCUUUUACCGAACAUGGAACCAGAUCCAAGUCUCCACCUAUGUCCCCGUGGAAAACUUUGGCGUGGAGCUCGUCGCUCGCCAUGCAGCAAGGAUGCACUCUAUUGAAAGUGCAGAGUCACAGGAUUACGGAUUGAACUUGCAGGAAAAGGACUUUCAGACUCUGCGACUCCUGUUUCGUGAUGUGUGA